CUCCCAAGGCUCGUCAGGCUCACCAUGUACAAGACAAAAGUCUCACGAACUAUCAUCAUGAGAUGCACAAGCCUCCAUAGCUUUCCUUUAUAUUCCUCACUCCCCCAACACUAUCAUCACCUUGUCGGCUCCUUUAUCACUCUCCCUCUCUCUCUAUUCAUGUGCCAGCCUUGAGUCAUACCCUCUCUGUAUCAAUCCCACGUCUCUGUUUCACUCCUUUCAUCUCUCUCUCUCUCUCUCCCCUCCGCCAUGAAACAGCAAGACUAUACCCUCCAGAGAAGCACCAGCACCACCGCCCUCACCACCAGAUCCGGCAGCAGAAGAAUCACUCCUUCUAAUCAUCAUCACAACGCUCUUCGUCCCUCAGACCCCGACGACUUCUCCGUCUCCGACAACCUCCUCAUACGCAGAGGCUCUUCUCCUUCUGUCUCCUUUCACCAUAACUCCACCAGGUCCCAGACCAAGCUCUCCUCUCUCCUUCGCUCAUUCCUCAACAUCUUCUCCUUUCCCACCAUUCUUCCCACCUGUAAAUGGCUCACCGUUCCUUCCCACCUCUCCAUAGCACCUUCCCUCGGUCGCAAAGUCACCGGGACUCUCUUCGGCCAUCGACGCGGUCACGUCUCCUUCGCCGUCCAGCUUGACCCCCGUUCGGAGCCUCUUUUAGUGCUUGAGCUCGCUGUGUCCACUUCUUCUUUGGUCAAGGAGAUGUCCUCCGGUCUGGUUCGGAUCGCGCUGGAGUGCGAGAAGCUUCCGGCCGCGGCGCAGACCGGAGGCCGGACCAGGAAGCUGUUCCAGGAGCCGAAUUGGGUCAUGUACUGUAACGGGAGGAAGUGCGGGUACGCGGUGUCGCGCACGUGCGGGGAUCCCGAUUGGCACGUGCUGAGCACGGUGCAGAGCGUGUCCGUCGGAGCCGGAGUGAUUCCGGUGGUGGAGGACGAAAGCGCGAGGAAAGGCAGUGGCGGGUCAGAUGGCGAGUUGCUGUAUAUGAGAGCGAGGUUUGAACGAGUCGUGGGAAGUCGUGACUCGGAGGCAUUUUAUAUGUUGAAUCCCGAUGGUAAUGGAGGGCCUGAACUUAGCAUUUUUCUGUUGAGAAUAUGAAAGAAAAGCUUGUUCGAGACAGAUUAAGAUAAAUAAUUAUAAUGUUUAGGAUUGCCAGUUUGGUGUUUUCUUCCUUCUUUUGGUUUUUUUUUUUUUUUUCCCUUUUCCCUUUGGUCUUGGUACAAAAUCAUGAGAGACGAUAUAUGUAUACAUAUGUGAUUUAUUUAUCAGAUAUUGAUAGUCUGAUACUUUUAAUUGAUAGUA